AUGGGGAAGAGGAAGUCGAGGAGCUCUUCCAAGGCGGCGAUGCAAAUGCAACCCAAGAAGGCGCCGAAGCUGGACACGGCCUUCACCUGCCCGUUCUGCAUCCACCCCGGCAGCGUCGAGUGCAGCAUCGACCUCAAGCACAGGAUCGCCAAGGCGUCGUGCGGCGUCUGCAAGGAGAGCUACAGCGAGUGGAUCGACGAGUGCGAGCGCGGCAACGAAGGCGUCGUCGUCCGGCCGCCGCGCCGGGGCUGCUACGCCACCGACUAUGAAGACGAUGCAUGA